GUCACAGCUUUGUUUUGUUUUAUAUUUGUUUGCGAAAUUAAUUAAUUAAAAAGUACAUAAGCAUGGUAAUUUGUCGAUUCUUCCAGCAGGGCUCCUGCCGCUUUGGCACCAAGUGCAGCAACGAACAUUUUGACAUCAAAGUGGUGCUGAAGAAUGACAUGGAAGCCAGCAUCAAUGGCAAGAUGUGGCCCUUCUCGGUGUACGGCCCCUUCAAGGAUAAGGCCAACAUGCCGAACUUCGUUGAGGAUCAAUCCUUCGAAGAGGUCCGCCUGCUCUGCUACGAGUCGAAGCGUCUGAACAGCUUCGAUCAGUUCCAUCAACAGUUCAACCGUGAGGUCAUGGAGGCCACCAACAAGAUGAAGACCAUGACCCAAGUGACCCCACAGAUGGUCGAUGUUAUGAUCAAGAUCUACGAUGCCCCAGAAGGAGGCUCCGCCGUCUCUAGUGCGCCCAACCAAAAUCCCUUUGCCGCAACGGCUGCCAAUGCCCCUGGCUCCAUCUUCAGUAAGCCGACACUUGGUGGCGGCAACAUCUUGGGCGCUGCAAAUCAAGUCAAUAACACACAAAGCCUUUUCGGAGGCUCCAUGGCAUCUGGUAACGCGGGAAACAGCAUGUUUGGCGGCGGGACCGUGGCCGGAGCAACAAGUGUUUUUGGGCAGCAACAACAACAACAACAGCAGCAGCAGGGAGCUGGACCCCAGGCCUUUCAGGGAGGCAAUAUAUUCGCUCAGGCUCAGCCCCAGCCCCAAGCAGCGAAUCAAAUGCCUUUUGGUGGUGCCUUUCAACAGCAGCCAGGAGGAGUCUUUGGCCAAGCUAGAGUCAAUCCCAGUGGCGGUAUCUUUGCACAGGUGCCCCAACAGCCACAGCAGCCGCCAAAUGGUCUGUUUGCCCAAGCAGCCCAGACAGUUGGCUUCCCUCCACAGCAGCAGCAGCAGCAGCAGGCGCAACAGAUGUUGCAGCAAGUAAAUCCCCAACAGCAGCAGCAACAGCUGCUUCAACAGCAACAACAAAUGAUGCAGCAGCAGCAACAACAACAACAGCAACAUCAAAUGAUUCAGCAGCAACAACAACAACAUCCACAGCCAGUGGGCAGUUCUUUGUACAGCACCUUGGAAUCCUUGACGCCAGCUGAAAUUGAAGCCUUCAAGGCGGACCAAUUUCUGCCUGGCCAUGUGCCCUUUAAUCCGCCGCCACGCGAAUUUUGUUAAGACUUUGGUUCGUAGUAUAAGCUGUGUAUAUACCCUAUAUACGAGCACCCUUUGUGCUUUGUGCUACAUCUACAUGAAUAGAACUGAUAUUAAAUAGGUUUCUAAAAUACUUUGGUUGA